AUGAGGAAUAUAUUUAAUUAUUUCUAUGGAACACCAGUAUUCUUUUAUUUUAUUAAUAGACUAAUAAACCAAAUACUGAAAUUAAAGACAUAAAAAUGGAUUCAUAAUAUGAAACAUUUAUUUUUGAAUUUACUUCAAAUGAACAUUUUCCAAUUUAUGAAAAAUAAAUAAAAGGAGAAGAACAAGAAUAUAUAGGUUUAAAUAUAUAUAAAUAUUUAGAUAUUAAGUUAUAAAGCAUAGAAAAUAUAUACUUAGAUAAUUAUGAUUAGUAAUUAAAAUAACCAGAAUAAAUUAAUUUGAUUGAUUAUAUAAUUUAAGAGAAUGAUACUUUAUUUGGCCUUGAAUUAAAAUUUAAUAUUAAGUAAUAAGUUCUUUAAUGAUUAGUUAGAAUAGAAUAUUAAAAUUAAAUGAUAUAUCUCCUGAAUGUUUUGUUCCUGGAAUGAGAAUUAAACUCCCAAAUCCAUAAAAUUAAGACUCUUAAUUAGAUUUAACAGAUUCAACAGUAAAUAAUAUAAAUUAGAAUUCAUAUUUUGGACGUAUUUUGAUGGAUGAAAUAAUGUCUAAAGGAUAAACAAAAAAAUGUAUACAUCUUAAUUAUUAAUAUUGAUAGUUAAUGUUUAUUAUGUGACUAAUUAUGGAUGUAUAGAAGGAGUUUUAACAAUAAAUAAUGAUAUUAUUCUUUUUGAUCCAAGUUUCACUGAUCUUAAUAAAGAAAUAGUUAAAAAAUGUUAAAGUAAAAAUUGAUUUAAUUAAAGAACAAAGCAUUUUAAACUUUUAAGCUUGUUUGAUGACAAAAGAUGUGAGAUAAGUAGAAUUAAAUUAGAUGCCUAUGAGGAUUGCUAAAAGUUCAAACAAAUCUUUUAAAGAUUACUUAAUACUCAUUCAUGUUAAUUCAAAUGUAACUAGUAAAAAAUUAGUUGAAAUAAUACCAAUUUUAAGUUUUAGAGUAUUUUAAUUAAACUAAUCUAAAGAUACAAAAUGAUUAAAAUUAAAAAGAACAUAUCUAAUUAAGUAUUGAACUCUAUGAAAUUCUAACUUAGGUUGUGAAAACUAAAUCAUAAAAAAUGUUAGAGGAUCAAUAAUAAUCAAAAGAACAAAAUUUAACUAUAAUUCCUUUCUUUGAUAUUUAAGAUUCUUUAUUUACAGAUAAAUUAUUAAAAAGAAUUAAUAAUAUAUGGGGAGCUUAAGAUUAUUUACCUUAGAUGAUGUAAUAAUCUAAAAUUUUUGAUAAUGAUGAAUUAAAUUAGGUAUUUUUUAUUAUUUUUUAUAUUAAAGAUUAUUGCACAUAUUCCAUCAAUUUAUAAAACUUCAAAUUGGACUUUAAUUUUUUCUAAUAUUAUAAACGGUUCUUCAUUUUAAACUUUAUUACAUAAAUGUGAAAAUAGAUCUCCAUUAAUAUUAGUUAUCUAAGAUGUAAAUGAAUGUAAAUUUGGAGCUUAUUUAAAUGAAUCUUUAUAAUUAACUUUUGGAAAGUUUUUUGGAAAUGGAGAAACAUUUUUAUGGACUCUUAAAGUAAUAUUACAAAUUUAUUAAAAGUAAAAUGAAUUUUAAGCAUUUCGAUGGACAGAAACAAAUAAUUACUUUAUUUUUUGUGAAUCAGAUGGAUUCGCUAUUGGAUGUGGUGAUUAAUUUGGUCUUUAUAUUAAUCAAUCAUUAACUACAGGGAAUACAAAUAAAUGUGAAACAUAUAAAAAUGAUUUAUUAACUGUUACUAAUGAUUUUAGUAUAAAAACACUUGAAUUAUGGAGUUUGAGUGAAUGA